AUGGAACAGGUAUGGCUCUCGGAAUUUCAUCGCUUAUUCUCCAAUUACUACCAACAAGUUUGGAUCCUUCAACCCGUCGAACACAAACCCAUUGCCAACCGAUCUAUGCAUACAUUCGUCGAUUCAGCAAAAGUUAGAUUCUGUUGUGAUAAAUGCGGUCACGGGUGGACUUCAAUGAAGGGGAGAGUUGUGUUUUGGUUUGAUCUGUUGUCACCCUAUUAUUCCAAUGGGUUCGUGGCGUUCAAACUCUAUGGCCAACAAUGCGAUAGAUGUAAAACUGAUGGCUACGAACAGGCCAUGUGGUAUCCCGAAGAAGUUUGCAAAGUGUUGACAAACUUAUACAAUAAAGUGGGGCAACUAUUUUAUGGCUUCUAUCAGCCACCGAUUGAGAAGACCCGCCGGUCAGGCAAACCCCGUACCCCUCAUAACAGUGAC